AUGUCGGUGUACGGCCUGGAUGUGGUCAGUGAGAACGCUGUGGAAAGAGAGACUGUCCAGUCUGUGGCCGAAGACUUAUGUGGAGCCUUGAGUGACGUCGGCUUCUGUUACAUCAAAAAUCACGGAAUCCCCCAGUCUUUGAUUGAUAAAAUGCACGCUGCGAACAAAACGUUCUUUGAAAUGCCAGUUGAGUACAAGAAUGCCUACCUUCGUCCUCGUAACGGACAGCUUCAUGGAUGGGUACCCUUCGAGACAGAAACGAUAAAUGCAGAGAGGACCGUUGACUAUAAAGAGGGGUUUAACUACAUGCCAGCGGAUAACAUUGAGUUGUGGCCUGAUGUUGAAAACUUCGAAUCCAGCGUGAAGGAGGUCUACAACAAAUCUCACCAGCUAGCCUUGAGGAUACUGGAUUUGGUGUCGAUCGGGUUAAAAUUAGAGGACGGAGCGUUCCUGAGAAAAUGUCACAAGUUGAUUAGUCAAAAAGGCAAUACCACACUCAUGAGGAACAAUUAUUACCCAACGAUUCCGAAGGAUAAAGCAGUCAAUCCGAAACAAGCGCGAUUUGGAGAACACUCGGACUAUGGCACCUUGACUUUGCUUUAUCAGGAUAACGUGUCCGGUCUAGAGAUAAGAACACUUGAAGGAGAGUACAUUCCAAUAGCUCCUAUACCCGACACUGUAUUGAUCAACAUUGGGGACCUGAUGCAGAGAUGGUCUUCCGACAAACUCAUCGCCACGAAACAUCGAGUUUUGAUUCCUGAUCAUGAGGAUAGAAGGAGAAAGGUUCGACAAUCCACUGCCUUUUUCAUCGUUCCAGACGAAGAAACUAUGAUAGAGUGCCUUGACAACUCAAAAAAGUAUGAGCCUGUAUCAAGUAAAGACUAUCUGACGAUGAUGUUGAAACCAACAUACUAA